AUGGAGCAUGAAGAUGAGCGAUCAUCUAACGGGGGUAGUGGAAAGACCCCAGAAGCCAAGCUAUUCCAGCAUUCGUGGCCUGAGAUUUCUAAACAACAUGAUAUUAUGCUGUCGUCGCAUCUAGAGAUGUUGCACCAGUUGAAGAGUCAAGUCCACUCCUACGGAGAGGAAUCCCAACUGGUGUCCAACAUGGUUGAUAAGACUAAGAGACUGAUUGCUCAGUUUGAUAUACUUAAAAAACGUGUGGUGCCAAAGCUCAACACAGCAACACCGGAAUCGGACACUCGUUCGUCAGAAUCCAUGUCGACGUCAAGCAGUCGAAAGGAGCUCAAAAAAGAGCAACUCAAACGUCAUGCCGACCACAUGUAUGACCCGGAAGAAGACGGAGGGGCAGCAGCAGCGGAAAACCAAGACCCCCUGACUGCAAGGUCUCUAGCUGUGCACUCUAGCAAACGAAAACGUAUCGACGAAUUUAUUCCAGGAGCCGAUGAAGACAUAAGGCGUUUCUCACCUGUAUCAGUGGAGACCGAGGAUAUCUCAGAGGAGGUACAGCGAAGACUGAAGAUCAAGGAGGAACAACGCAAAAGGCGGGAGACCUCGAAAGUGGACAAACGUAAGAGGGACAGUUUGACAUCUAACGGAAGCACAUCUUCGGCCAGAACCGGGACGAAACACACUAGAAAGAAGGCGAGGAUUGGGACGAAGUGGAAUCGUUAG